AUCUCAGAGAUUCUCGCCCAUCCGACCCGGGGGAACUCGCCCGAGUCGGGGCACUGAGUCGCCCGAGUUUCGUCCUGCCUUCGUAAAAAUACGCGACGACCCGAGAGAGGGGGCGAGAGAGAGAGAGAACGAAUCUCCCCGUCCUGAAUCUAAAGACAUUCUUUAUAAGGAGGAGCUGCUUGCACCUCAGUUUUUGCGGCGUAGGCAAAUGUAGAGAGAGAAUCGUCGCAGGAAAUCGAAAGUCCCCAUCGAGAAGAAGAGGAAGAAGAAGACGAAAGGGAAGGGAAGGGAAGGGAAGGGAAGGGAAGGAAAUCUUGGGGGAGAGAGAUGGAACUGAGCUUGGAUUUGAGCUUGGCUCGGGAGCCUCGGCCGGUGUCCGAAUUCUUCAGGGAGGUGUCCGGGAUCCCAGAUCGCGACGAAAGAUUGUCGAAACUCGAUGACUAUGUGGCGAGAUUGGAGGAGGAGAGGAAGAUAGACCCUUUUAAGCGCGAGCUCCCUCUUUGCAUGCUGGUCUUGAACGACGCUAUGGAAAGGUUGAAGGAGGAGCGAUUGCAGUGCAAGGAAAUGGAAUUUAUUCGACCGAACAGGAAUUCUGAUAAAGAUAAGAGGGCAGAAGUGGAAAACAAGGAUUCUUGUGAUCAGAGGAAGUGGAUGAGCUCUCCUGAUCAGAAUCUGGAUCAGUACGCAGCCGAGAAGAACCCAAUUGAGCCGUGUAGCUACAAGAAGAAAGGGGGGGCGUUCUUGCCAUUUGGCCUCCAUAGAGCUCCUCCGAAGGAGGGCAAGGAUUCUUCACCGAUUUCUAGACUUACCCUUUCGACUCCGGGCUCUAUGUUGGCCUCUCCUGAUAAUGAUAAUAUCAAGAAGCUCAGUUUUGAGGCGCCCUUCUCGACGGACCAUGAGAAAUUGCAGAAAAGCCCACAGCAGGCGCAGCAGCACCGGCUGCAGCAGCAUCAACUUAGGAAGCAAAGGCGGUGCUGGUCACCUGAGCUCCACCGCCGGUUUGUGGAGGCGUUGGAGCAGCUCGGUGGAGCGCAGGUGGCUACUCCAAAACAAAUCAGAGAACUCAUGCAAGUGGAAGGCCUCACUAAUGACGAAGUUAAAAGCCAUUUACAGAAAUAUAGACUUCAUGUCAGGAGAAUCCCAUCACCAUCUGCCGCCGUGGAAAAUGGCUUAUCUUUAGUGCAAGAACGAAGUGGCGUGGACCACUCAGAGCUGAGGACCUCAGAGUCUGAUUCUCCCCAAGGCCCUCUCCUUGCCUGUGCAUCUGCUCGAGCAGCUUCUAGUGCUGGAGGGGGAAGCGCGGAGAUGACAGAUGAAGAAGAGAACUCUGAAGGCCACAGUUGGAUUACUGUGCUCGGAGAGAAAAUCACAGCCCAUUAAACUCAGCGACCAAAACCGCACACGGGAUCUUAGAACGUUAAAAUAAAACUCAGGUGAUGAGAGAAACUAACGAUCAUUUUCUUUCUUUUUUAACUAAGGCAUUUUCGGAGGGGAGAAAUUUCGGCGGUUUUAGUCGAGAGAGAGUAGAGAAGCCUUGGAUUUGAUUCCUCUUCUCCGUGUUUUACGAACUUGUUCUCUGUUUGUAUUAUAGCUUGGGCUCCAUAUCAUCCCUGGAUGAAGAGGUUUUUCCUGGAGCCCUUGAUGGAUUCAUGAGGUUAUGUAACACUACUGACUUUUUAUCGAAUGUGAGGUUGUCCAAUACUCCCAAGAAGUUAUGAACGAGAUUGCCGCCA